AUGUCUCGACUACGGAGGUUUAAUCGCAAAGUUUUGCGCGGCAUCGGAUCCGACUCUGACAAUGAUGAGAUCACUUUUCUUCCCCUUGACUCCGACGAACAAGAAGAGCUAAUCAAUAGAUUCGAAGUCCGCAGUCAAUCUAAAGACAAUCAAUACAUACAGCUAUUGAGUGUAGCAUACCUGAUAUGUUGUGGUUUGUUCAUAUUACUGUUAGUGAGGCUGCGCAGAAAGGAAGAUCAAUCGACAAAUAAACGAUUGGCCUUGUUCUCCAUCAAUUCAAUUGUAUCGUCCCUCAUUUACCUUCGAUAUGAGAUUGCAAAAAAUUUCGAGUUUUUCAAAUAUAGAUUCCAGUUGACUACAAAGAGGAUUAACACUUUGAAUUGUAUUUUAUUACUACUUAUCACUUGGCAGGUUACCGAAGAAGUAAAUAUGAAGAGCAUGCAAUUCUUAUUCCACAUUCCGUUACUUCUAUUCGUAGUCACUUUUUUAACCAGAAAAUGGAUUCGCGAUCUUGAUCGCGAACUAGAUGACUUAAGGGGUUUAAAAUACAAGUUCAAAAAUGCCUAA